GUGUCCAGAUGUUGAGACUGUGUCCAGAUGUUGUUUUCGGGGGCCUCCAUCAUGGACAACGUGACCGAGACGCAGCAGACGGACUACAACUCCCUGAAGGACUACAACUCCCUGCAGGACUACAGCUUUCUGGCGCUGGUACUCGGCGUGCCGCUGAUCCUGCUCACCGUGCUGGGGAACGUCCUGGUGUGUCUGAGCGUGCUCACCGAGCGCUCCCUAAAAACCGCCACCAACUACUUCAUCAUCAGCCUGGCGGCGGCCGACCUGCUGCUCGCCGUGCUCGUGCUGCCGCUCUACGUCUACUCCCAGUGUCUGGGGGGAAUCUGGACGCUGGGCCCCUUCCUGUGUGACGCUCUGAUGACGAUGGACGUGAUGCUGUGCACCGCCUCCAUCCUCAACCUGUGUGCUAUCAGCGUGGACAGGUACAUUGCGGUGGUGGUGCCUCUGAAGUACAACAGGAACCAGUUCAGCAUGCGCCAGCUGCUUCUGAUCGUGGCGGCCUGGCUGCUGUCUCUGGGCGUGGCGAGCCCGGUGAUCUUCGGGCUGAACGGCGUGCCGGGCCGCGACCCCACUGUGUGCAAACUGGAGGACGACCGCUUCGUGGUGUACUCGUCCGUGUGCUCCUUCUUCGUGCCCUGUCCCGUCAUGCUCUUCCUGUAUUAUGGGAUGUUUCGGGGCCUGCGGCGGUGGAGCGGUCGGAGCCGCCCGGCCGGGCAUCCCGCUCUGUCGCUACGCCUCAGCUCGGCUCUACGGCGAGGGAAUGCAACAGCAACAGGAAGUGAAGAGAAGGUGGUUUUUGCCACGCCGGGCGAGCUCAGCCCUGCGUCUCCAUCCACCAUCUCCAUGACGACACCCUCAGCGACGCCGUUGUCGGGGGAGCAGCGAGACGGAGCGGUGGGGGGGGCGGAGCGAGAGCCAAUGACAGCGCAGACGGACAGCGCGUCGGACGGCGAGCCCACAGAGACGAGAGAGCAGAUGAGAGGGAGGAGGAACAGCAAGAGCAGCCGAGUCAGCGGCCGCGAACGGAAAGCCAUGAAGGUGCUGCCUGUCGUCGUAGGGGUUUUUCUAGCCUGUUGGACACCUUUCUUCGUCGUCCACGUCACCAAGGUGUUGUGCCAGUCAUGUGACAUCAGCCCCGCCCUCAUCUCCGUGGUAACAUGGCUCGGCUACGUCAACAGCGCCGUGAACCCGAUCAUCUACACCGCCUUCAACGUGGAGUUCAGGAAGGUCUUUCACAAGCUGCUCUGCUGCCGGACGUCCAACUAAACUGUCCCAAAACUCAGGCGUCUUCAAUAAAUCUCCAGAUGUCUCGUCCAUAUCGACAACGCGGGAAGUCCCUAAUUUAGUCCAGAUGUCCAUAAUUUAGUCCAGAUGUCUCUAAUUUAGGGCCGGAAGUCCCUAAUUUAGUCCAGAUGUAGUCCAGGUGUCCCUAAUUU